AUGAGUACCAAAAGGGAAGACCAAGAAGGGAACUGAGCUGCAGGUCAUGAGAAGAAACUGUAUUCAAAAUGAAUUUCUGAGGAAAAGUAACUUGUAAAACAAGGCAAUUGCAGCAUCAAUUGGCAGCCUUCCUAAGUACUAACUCUACAGUGUCAAUAAAAGCUAUAGUAGAAAGAUGAACCACUUCAAGAAAAAACAAGUAGGAUUCCGCUGUCCUAUCCGAAUUCCUGGCAAACGAAUCUGUUCAUCUCUUUGCAAACCAGUCUCUUCCUCCUUUGUGGAUCCUAUAAUACUGAAGGGCUUAAACCCAGGACAAAGAAACUACCUGAAAAGCAUCAUGAAAAUUUAUGAUUCUAAGCCCCAAUGGAAAAAUCUGAAAAGGCAGUAUUUUAUCAGUCUUAUCUACAAAUAUAUCCUAGGUUAUAUUUCCAAAGAGGAAGUCAUGUCUUAUAUGACUGUUAUGGACCAAUACACCAAAAAAGGACCCAUCAAGUGCAAAAGUAAAAUACACAAGUUUGGGAAGACCUCUCUUCCCUCCUCUUCAAGAAAAUCUCUGUCCUCACAUUCUUACUCUAUCAUUAAGUAUUUCUAUUAGACGGCAAGGAUCUGAGCACAUUUCAAGAUGGAGCAUAGCAAUCAUGCCCUCAUUGAUUAUUAUUAUUACUAUAAGACCCUAAGCUACUUUAGGAAUGAUCUUUCCCAACACUGGCUGUGAAGUAGAGUCAUAGGAUCAAUAGUUUCAUUCAAUGAGUUGUAUUGGUAUGGCAUAGAUUACAAACAAGGGGGCUUUUAUUCUGCCUUGACCUUUGCCUGUGCAACAUAGUAGAAUUGGAAGAUAUUAGGAGGCCCAGGGAAUAAACAUAUCUGUCUAUAUAUAAACUGUACCAGGAAUUGU